GCUUCAAUAGACUUUCUUUUUCACUUGAAACAAUCCGCUUUUUGCCAUCAUGUUGUUGGUGACACUGUGAGAAUAACUGAGAUAUCUUUCAGAAUAGCUGCAAUUACCGGUCAAAGUGCAACAUCUUCAUCGGUGAUUAUCCGAGGAAGCUAGGUUAUUAUGUAUGCUGUGUUUACAUGUUGAAUGUGUAGAUUUGCGUGGUGCAAAUAAAAAGUUAAUGUUGUUUUUAUACGUGUUGUCAAGUGUAUUAACAUUUACUUUUGACCGCGUGUUAAGUGUACCUCGGAGGUGUUUAGCUUGACAAUGUGCACUGUGGGUGAUGAAGAUGUGGGAGAGAAUUCUUACAUGCAGCCGAAGACCAAAUCACCUGUCAGUAACAUCUGUAGAAAAUGUAAUGAAAAUCGUGCAGAGGUAGUUCUUCGAAAGAAACAUCCCUAUUGCAGACUCUGUUUUGUGCAAGCAGCAACUCAUAAAUUCAGAGCAACUCUUGGGAAAUCAAAGAUCAUUAGAGCAGGUGAUAAUGUAAUGAUAGCUUUUUCUGGCAGUGAAGCUUCAGCUGCACUUGUUCAUUUGGUAUCAGUUGGCUUAAAUGAAGGAAAUCACAAACGACUCUGUUUUAAUCCCAUUAUUUUGUAUGUCGAUGAGGGCUGCAUAUUAGGUCUGUCACGGGAUGAACGAAAAAAUGUAUCUGAUGCUAUCAACAGAAGUUUGGAAACAUAUAGGUUACCUACAUAUAUGACUUCUUUGGAAGCAUUUUUUAAUACUCAAGAACUGAAUUGCUGUAAACUUGGCACAGAAAUGUCACUUUCUGUUGAGAAUGAAGAAAGACUCCAUAAGUUGUUCAAUCAAGUAAAAAGUUUAACUUCAAAAGAAGAGCUUUUGAAAAUUUUAAGAUUUAAGAUACUCCGUAGAGCAGCAAAGUCUUUGAACUGCUCAAAAAUAUUCGUUGCAGAUACUGCAACAGGAUUAGCCACAACUUUAUUGACCAACGUGUCGUUGGGGAGAGGCGUUCAUUUACCUCUUGAUGUUGGAUUUUGCGAUGAUACUGAUAACAAUCUGUUAAUACUUCGCCCCAUGCGUGAUUUCAUGAAGAAGGAAAUUAUCUUUUACAAUGUUUUCAACAAAGUCAGUGGAGUUCACAUACCGUCAAUUGUUACAAAGGUUAGCUCCAACCAGAGCAUUCAGAAGCUAACUGAAAAAUUUGUAAUGGAGCUUCAGCAGGACUAUCCAUCUACUGCAUCUGUAGUGUUCCGUACUGGAGAAAAGCUUAGUAUGCCAAGGGACAUCAAGCUUUCAAAUGAGACUUGUUCCCUCUGUGAGGCACCACUAGAUGACAGAAAUAUGAAAUCUUCUUCUCUUCAAGCUACUGAAUUUUCACGUCUAGCUUCCCAUCUAGGACCUUCUGGAUUCAGUGCUGACAGCAUUAUGAGUGACUCUUAUUCAGUGAAAAACAAUUUCUCAAGUGAAAUAAAAGAAGAAUGUCAGUCAGAAAGUGCCGAUAAAGUGGACUGCAGUUCAUUCACAGAUGGUUGUGAUUGUCAGCAUAAGUGUAGUCCUGACAUGAAAAUAUGUAUUUCUGAUGCUGAAAAAUGCUUUUGCUAUAGCUGUCGAAUUAUUUUGAAAGAACUAGGCUCUGUAGAGGUUCUACCACAAGAAGUCCAAACUAAGAUCCGAAAUCAGCUUAGUUUCAGAAAUAUGAGAAAGGAAAUUGCAGAUUUUUUAUUAUGACACAGAGUUUUAUCAUAGCUUUUAUGCAUCUCUGUUAUACUUCUGUGAAUAAAACCAAGGCACAAAGUCAUUUGUCACUUGUGCUGUAUACAGUUAGUGGUGGUGAUGGAUUCUAUCAUUGCUUUCAUAGUUUCUAGAGCAUGCUGUGUUUGCUAACUGAGCUAUAUAUUAUUCACGUGAGAAAAUACCUUUAGUGCUAGGAAGGCAAAAGAGAAGCUACAGUAACUUGAGUAAAUUUGAGAGCGAGGCACAUUUUUGAGUUGGCAAAGUGUUAUUAGCAGUCCAUUCACUGAUUUGCUCAUUAGUUACGAACUGUUUGACAAAGGCAUACACAUCAUAUAUUUCAAUUUCUGCAAACUGAACACGUGGGACAGUUUUGAUCACUAGAGAAGUUCUUUCAGAUGAUCCCAUAAAGGUAUUUGAUUUACCGUAACCAACUGUAGGAUUCCAAGUUCUGGAAACGUUCUUCAGUCCACAUUUUUUAAGUAGGCUAGAGCAGUUUAGUAGAAAAAUAUUACAGCACUAUGAAAUCUUUUUACCUCUGCUGGAAACAGACUUACUAACACAAUUAACCACUUUAGUAGAGUGACUGUCUAUCCUUCAACAAUUUUCACUGCUUCAUGAAUUGGUGAAGCCUGGCUGUGAACAAAGUAUAACCAUCCUUCAGAAAAGAGGCUCUGAAAGCUUCAAAUGAACAGUGGGCAUUUCUUUUCAAAUUGGAAGUAUGAUUAUGAUGGUUAAACAUUUUAAUGACUGACUCAAUAGCAGGCAGUAGGGCUAACCACCUUUUUUUGGGCAUAACCCUGAAAGUUGCAGUAGACGCUGCUGCAAAGAUUUUGUUUUAUGUUUUUCAUUUUGUAAGUGGAGUCGUAUAUAACCAUGUCCACUGUGACUUAUUGAGAAACUAAUGGGUGCCUGGGAAGUAGGGACAAAUUUGAAUUUUGCGCCAUUUCGUCAUAUGAGGUAGCCAUGGUUUUUUUUUCAUGUUUGUUAUCUGCCAUCCUUCUAAUUAGUAGCCUGAUAGCCUUUGUGUGGUGACCAUUGUUGCCUGAUGUUUACUUUCGUCAUGGAGCAGAUGAUAACUGACCAACGUAUCUAAGUGAAAAAACGUUAUUACAAAAACAAUGAAAGUCCCAUGGCAGCUGUUUGUGAAUUACUUGUGACACUUGAAUGUAAUGCUGCUGUAACUGAAUCACCAAUUUGGAAGUUGAGCCGGAAGUUUGAGACCAUGGGGUCUGUUUCAAAUGUUAAGAAAACAGGAUGACUGCAUUUUGUUCGAACACAAGAAGACGUUGCUGUCGUGUGUGAUAACGUGACCUUAAGCCCCAGGAAAUCUGUUUGCUGACAAACUCAACAAUUGAAUUUAUCACCAAGUUUACUGUAUGAAAUCCUUUCAAAUGAUCUGAAAAUGCAUGCUUACAAUAUUUGACUUACACAAGAGUUGAAGCUUGCAGAUCAUGAAAAGAAACAUCAAUUUGCUCAAGGGCCUUGGCUCGACAAGCAGAGGAUGAGAACUUCACAAAAAAAAUAAUUUUCUCAGAUGAGGCACACGUCCACAUCAGUGGUAACGUCAAUAAGUAGAAGUGCAUAAUUUGGGGAAUCAAAAAUCUGCGAGUGACUGUGGAAGAUGAGAUGCAUCCACAAUGCAUGACUGUGUGGUGUGGGUUCUGGACAGGAGCAGUGAUCGGCCCAUACUUUUUUUUUAUAAUGGUGAGGGAGUUGCCAUCACUGUGAAUAGUGACCAUUGCCGAAACUUGCUUUCUGAUUGGUUUUUCUCUCUUAUUGAUGAAAAUGAAGAUUUUUGGUUUCAGUAAUAUGGUGUGACGCGUCGCACAUCCUGUGAAACAGUUGCUCUGCUUAAUGAAAAGUUUCCUCAAAAAACUAUCCCUUUGCAUGGCAACCAGGAAUGGCCCAACAGAUCAUGUGAUAUUACGCCUUGUGACUUUUUUUUGUGGGUAUUUGUGAAAUCAAAAGUGGACGUGAACAAACUGCAAACAAUACAACAAUUGAAGGAUGAAAUUAAAAGAGUUAUUAAUGGCAUCUCAUCAGAUGCUUGUUAAUGCGUCAUUGAGAACUUCAAUGAAUGCAUUGCUCAUUGCCACACAGCCUUGGUGGUCAUAUUGAGAAUAUAAUUUUUCAUACAUAAAUGAGAGUAGUUACUUAAUGUGUUUGUAAAAAAAAUUACAUUUUCAAUAAAUUUUGUAUGUUGUACAGCGUUUAA